AUGUCGGCACAAUUUUUUUCUAAAUUAAGUCAAAAUUAUAUUGAAAUUUUAGAAGAUGACAUCAAAGAAGUAGCAUUAUUUUAUUACGAUCAUUGCGGUCCUUCCUUUUGUAAUGAUCUUUAUGUAUCAAGCACGGAUAAAGGAAAUUAUAAUUAUAAUUAUUGCUAUCAAGAUGGAUAUGAAAAACAGAUAAGAGAUACGCAAGACAACUUUUCAAUAGAAGAUUAUGAAGUAUUUCAAAUUUUAAAAGAUGAGGUUUAA